UUUUACCAUUAGAACCCCAAGGAUGUUGUGCACAUGCGCGUUGUGCAAUCUACCGGAGCGCGAGAGGUAGGGAAGGAAGUCCUAAUGGCGGAGAAUGUACGGUCGCCUUUUGACUACCGGGAGCCACCGACCCUCGACAGCGACGGGGAUGGGAGCAAACCGCCGCCGCCACGGGGGCGAGUCUGUGGGAGAAAAAGGAAGGGGACACCAGUCAAGGUGUGUGACCGAGCGUAUGUAACAGAAGAUGAGGAGGAGGAGAGUAUGUCAGAGCACAGCUACAGCCCUGGUGAUGGCCAGUACCCAGAGGGUGCAGAAGACCGCCUCCCUCCACCUGGCAGUCCCUACUACCUCCCUGAUCCCACUCAGCUCUGUGUGCCAGAGUUGGGGGAGGAGGGAGCGAGUGGUGUUCGGGGACCUGUCCUCUUCCAUCCGCCACCCAACUGCCGGAUUCGAGAAGUCCACUGUGGGACACAGGUGCGGUUGGUUGUCAUAGCAAUCCGAGACAUCGCCAAAGGGGAGGAGAUCACAGUGGACUACAGCCUGACGGACUGGGGCGAGAAUGCAAUGGAGGAAGAGACCGGCCCCCAUCCACUGUCCCUCUCUGUUUCCGAUUACCUUACCCCCUCUUGGUCAUUAUCACCCUCAUCCUCCCCACUCACCCACUCUGAGCCCAGUGACUCAGACCGUGAGGAGGAUGAAGAGGAGGAAGACGACGAUGAUGACGACGACGACGAUGAAGAAGAGGAAAUUGAGGAGAUAAGGGGCCGAAUGCUUCGCCGACGCAAGAAGCGCAAGCUGCCCGCAGCAACCAAUUCAAAGAAGAAGAGCGCGCCCACCACCUCCAGUGGACCUGGGCGCCCCUGCUCAUCCUUCUCCCACCCGGCACCUGUCGCACCCCCUGCCAGAUCCCAGUCCCAGCCCCCAGGCAGCAGCCUGGCACCCCCAACCACCAACAUUAACAACAAUAUUAACAUAAACAUUGGCAGCUCCAGCGGUGCCACAGUGAGCCGGCGGCAGCACUGCCCCUACUGCGGCCGUCACUAUCGCUCUUUGGCACGCCACCUGGAGAAGCACCACGCCAACCAGCCAGAGGUCAGAACAGCCAUGGAGCUGGCACACCUGCAAACGCACAGCUCUUCAAACGGCAGCGCCUCACACCCUCACCCCUCAUCGUCCUCCACCACUCACAGCCAUUCCUUUGCUGUCCCUCAGCCCUCGGCCUCCAACCCUGCUCCCCCCCCUCUCUUCUCCAGGGAGAGGGAAUCGCCAGCUACACGCUCGAGCACAGGUGGCGUCUCGUUCUCCCUCUCGCUUUCGCCACCUUCUUCUGCUCAGCCUGCAGCCACUAAGAAGGCGCCUAGCUUACCAACGCCUAGCACAAAACGCCCCGCACCCCCGAUGGUGUCACGAGUUAAGAGUCCGUCACCACCUCCCCCAUCUACUCCCAGAAGGGGUCGGAGGAUGAAGAGAGAAAAGCAUGAAGAGCAGCAAAAGGUGGAGGUGGAAAGCUCGAGAAGUCAAGAGGAGCUGGUUCCACCUCCUACUCCUGAGCCAGACAUAGAUCCAGAUGAAGAUCUAGAGCUGAGUGGAGAAGAAAACACACCAGAGGAGAAGAAUGGAGAGAUUGUAAGCAUACAGAGACAUCACAUGUCUCCGCUGCUCUCUUCCCUCUCCUGUUUGGUCCUCUACCUCCGCCGCCAGCAGCACUCCUCUUUCCUUUCUCUAACCCGUUCUCCUCACUCUGCUGAGGCCUGGCGCCUGCUCUGCCAUUCCAGCCUCUCUCUUCUCAUCCUCUACAACCGCCACCGGGAAUGUGAGGUGGCCAAGCUCACUGUCCAGGACUACCGCAACCGUAUCAACCCUCUGGUCAGCUCCAGCAACAGCUCCCCCUCUGGCAUGGAAGCCCCCCUGUCCCCCUUUGAGCGCCAGGUCCUCUGUAACCUUCCGCGGGCUAGCGUUUUGGGCAAGCGUGGUCGCAUCCAGCCACUUAUUCUCCCGCCACACUGUGAGUCCUGCCUAGACCUACUCCUUCACACCAGCUCCAAUGUGGGCGUGGACCCAGAGAGUCCCUAUGUCUUCUCCCGGCCCUACCACUCUCCUGCCACACCGCUCCGGGGCACGGACCUUCUGAGAAACCUGGCACGAUCCAGCGGGGCCAAGAACCCUGGUGCAUUGACAGCGACGCGUGUGCGGCGGCAGGUAGCAAUACUUACUCAACUGCUACUUUUAGAGGAGGGUGAGGUCCAGGGUGGAGCCACUAAACGGCUGGAGGAGUUCCUGGAACGGGAGUACCAUGUGACCCAAAACUGCUCCACUAUCAUACGGGAUCCAGCACUGAUGGGUCGUGUGGGUCGUGUUGUUCUUUAUGGAGAGAAGGAAGGCGUGCUUUUCCGAGGGAUGAGCCUCCAGCACAUCUGUCUCGAGUUGGAUGUAAUGUCUGGCAACUCAGCAGACUCCUUCUCAGAAGAUUCAGAGGCAGAGGAAAAAAAGGAAGAAGUUAAGGAGAAAGCUGAGGUGAUGGUGAAGAAGAAAGGACCAGGGCGACCGCCACGGAAGAAGAGAGCACCCAUUUCCUCUCCAGGCAACCCGUCAAUAGCCAGUGUUCAUAAGAGAAGAUGCAUUCCACCCAAAUCAGGGAAGCGUGGUGUGCUGAAGCGCCCGUGGUCAGAAGCUGAGCGUGUAGCAGUAGAGACUCACCUAAAGAGAAACCUCAUGGAGCUGCGAGUCCCUGCGAAAGCGGACUGUGAGCGCUGCCUCGAACUCUGCCCUCUGCUGGUGAGCAACCAGCGAGACUGGAGGUCUAUCAAGUUUUACGUCCACAACCGCAUCCAGCUGCUGAAGAAGCAGGGGAGGAGGGAAAGUGCUGCCUCCGUCUGCUAGGGCCAAACACAGACAGAGGCAGAGGACACAUACCAUAAUGUAUAAACCACCAGCAAUCAUAAUGAAGAGAAAAGGUGGAGUCAUAAGUGAGUAGUGUAAUAAAACUGACUAAGCUAAGAAAACCGACGGGUUGCUCCAGUUAAGGAUCAUUCAUACUCCUAGUGUUGGGGAUGCCCAGUGUCUGUUCAAGAUGUACUUUUAAGCGGUUGGACAAGAUGUACGUAAAAGUGUGAAUAUGAGUUCAAACACAGUGAAUGCUUUUUUUUAAAGAUUUAUUUUUUAUGUCAUCCUUUUAUUAAAUAGUUGACAGUGGAGAGCAGCAGGAGAUAUAGGAGAGAGAAGGUGACAUGCAACCUAUGUCCCUGGAGUGAGUGACACCAAUCCACUAGGUUGUGGUUUGUGCUUUAGACCACCAGGACAUUUUUACAGCAAAUGGUCCUUGGUCUAGUGUUUGCUUUCACUGAAGGCUGAUGACCAAACAUGAAUGUGUAAAGCUUUGGAGGAAGAAACCAAUGGUCCCGAUUUUUUAAAAUCCCCACAGAUAGACUUCGUAUGAACUUGUAUAGUUUGUGUUUGAUAUUGACUGACCUUGUGCCCCCAACUGACGAGCGUAUUAAAAAAAAUUGUUCGGACAAUGAUGCAUUAGUGAAGUGGUUCUUGCACACCUCUUCUUCCAUAGUCAUAGUCAAGACUAUUCUGUAUCGAGGCACGUCUACUUGAAUUUAUUGCGUAUCGGAAAUUUUAAAGAAAUAUUUCAGAAUCAACUUACGGUCUUAUUCACAAUGUAAAUACUUCCUAAUCUAUGGCAAAUAUACAGUAGUGAUGGCAAAUAUGUCAGUGUGUUAUGGUGUAUAUACUGUAAAUACUACCUGUACUUAUUAAAGUGUAUGACAUUU